AACACCCCACAGCCCGAAUGCACCAGUUACCGCUUUCUGGGAGGUAAUCGACUCUGUGACUUAAGACCCGCAUUCAACAGCAUCUUGGUUUGUGGUCGGCGGUUCCGGUCAUUCUGCCGUGGUAAACCUUUGUAAUACGCGCCUGACAAGUUUGGGAGGAAGUAGCUGAAGAAACGGAACCUGAAUUUCGGACGUCUCGGUAAUGCAGUAAACUGGGGAAGAUCACUCGCUGCUUUUUUCCUCAGUUUCGGCGAUCAUUCAGCCAGUCAGCCGGUUUGUGUGGCUGAGGGCAGCCCGCAGAAAUGGAGGUUGUAGAGAGGGCCAGAGAGGCCUUUCUGUCUGGGAGGUCGCGACCCCUGAAGUUCAGAGUUCAGCAGCUGAAAUCUCUGCGCAAGCUGUUCCUGGAGAGGCAGGAUGAGAUCGCUGCUGCUCUAACACAGGACAUCAACAAGAGCCAGUAUGACCUGCAGUUGUAUGAGCUGAUUGGGAUAGACGGUGAGAUCCGAUUGGCCGUGGAGAGGCUAGCGGAGUGGGCGGCGCCCCGGCCGGUGGAGAAGAACCUGCUCACUCUGACUGACAGGGUGUUCGUCCAACCAGAGCCGCUGGGGGUGGUGCUGAUCAUCGGAGCCUGGAACUACCCCUGGGCCAUUACCAUCCAGCCCCUCAUUGGGGCUAUCGCUGCAGGAAACUCAGCAGUGGUGAAGCCGUCAGAAUUGAGUGAGAACUCAUCCAAGCUUCUGAAGGAGCUGCUUCCUCAGUAUUUGGACAAGGAGCUGUAUCCCGUGGUUACCGGGGGGGUCCCGGAGACCCAGGAGCUGCUGAAGUUGCGUUUUGACCACAUCUUCUACACGGGGAACCCCGCCGUGGGAAAACUGGUGAUGGAGGCCGCCGCCCGUCACCUGACCCCCGUCACCCUGGAGCUGGGGGGGAAGAGCCCCUGCUACAUCGACAAGGACUGUGACAUCACAAUCGCCUGCAGACGGGUCACCUGGGGAAAGUUCGCAAACUGCGGCCAGACCUGCAUCGCCCCCGACUACGUCCUGUGUGAGGCCAGCAUCCAGGACCGCGUGGUGGAGGAGAUCGGCCGCACCCUGCUGGAGUUCUAUGGCGACGACCCCAUGACCUCCCCAGACUAUGGACGCAUCAUCAAUGCGCGCCACUUCAAGCGGGUGAUGGCCCUGCUGGAGGGGAGCGAGGUGGCCCUGGGGGGCCAGAGCGACGAGGCGCAGCGCUACAUCGCCCCCACGGUCCUCCGGGACGUGCAGCCGGACUCCAAGGUGAUGCAGCAGGAGAUCUUUGGCCCCCUGUUGCCCAUAGUAACGGUCAGCGGGCUGGACGAGGCGAUCCGCUUCAUCAACGCCAGAGAGAAACCGCUGGCUCUGUACGUCUUCAGCUCCAGAAAAAGAGUGAUAAAGCGAAUGAUCGCGGAGACGUCCAGCGGAGGAGUCACAGCCAACGACGUCCUGAUGCACUACGCCGUCCCCUCCCUGCCGUUCGGGGGUGUGGGUAACAGCGGGAUGGGCAGCUACCACGGUAAGCACACCUUUGAGCAGCUGAGCCACCUGCGGUCCUGUCUGGUCAAGCCACUGGCCCUGGAGGGCCUGAACCAGGUGCGCUACCCGCCCCAGGGCCCCGCCCGCCUGCGCCGGGCCCAGCUCCUCACGCAGGCAGCCCUGUGCAGCUGCCCCCGGCCCGUCUGCGUCUGCGCAGUCCUGGCCUCCAUCACGGCUCUGGGCCUGCUGGUCGCACUGCUGGUGGUGCUGCUCAAGGACUCUGCGUCAUCCUGAUCUUCUUGCUCAUAUGGACAUCAACAUUGCUUGUUUCUGGGGUUCGAGGUCAAAGGUCAGACUCCUGGCAUAACCCAGGCGUGCCGGGUGUGUUGGGGACACGCGUGUCGCCCGCGUGUAAGACCCGUGCCGAGGUGCCUUUGAGUCACAUGGUACUCCCUGGUGCUUCCACGGGUGUGGUCUCGCAGCAGCAUAACAUCACACUAACUAAGUAUAUACACUAGCACUUAUUAAAUUAAAUGUGCAGUGUUACGAUACUGAUAUCAUGAAAUUGCUACAUUGAUAAAUUGUCUCUGUGUGUCCAACCUCGAGGUAUUUUGCAUUGCAGUGUUUAUAUUUUGUGUCACAUGACCACGUGUUCCAUUUCCACGUUUGCAGAAUGCAAAGUAGUCUGAUUAUUCCAUGAAAGAACCAUGUAAAAUAUAACCAAGUGUUUAAUUCAUGAA